GAGCUCGUUAAAAAUUCUUUUUCAUCCGGCUUGGCACACUUGGCAUGUGCGAUGUGUCGGGAUUUGAAGUGAUAUUGCACAUCGGAUGAUUAGUCUCGGCAGGGGCACAGACACGGGUCGAGAAAACUGCUCAUCCAGGAUCUUCGUGAAUCGUGUUGGCUCUGAGCAAGACCCAUACAGAUGGCAAGGGCAUCGAAACCCGCUCACCGUGAAGCCUUGCAUUCUCCGAGUCACCCGCAUAUGCUACCUGAAUCAGUGGUUUGUCAGAAUGGGGUUCUGUUGAUCGCCACCUUUGUAAAAGUCGCCUCGCCUUGCUCUCUUGUUCCUCGCGAAGCAGUUGCGUAUCAUCGACCAUGGCUUCAAUUCUCAAACUUGCUGCCCUCAGCCUUCUCAUCGGUGCGGGUGCUUUCCGCAUCUACGAAGCUGAAGACCUCGAGGCUUACGAUGUCUCAACAGCGUGUGUCAGCGCCUUGUCUGCUGAUAUUACCUGCAACCCGUAUAUCCGCUCAUUCAUGCAGCCUUCGUACAGAGGGUCGCUGGACAAUGUGACGUUCACCGAUCAAAUCUGUGUCGGAAGCUGUUCUGGAUCCCUCCGCAGGUGGUUUGAUUCGGUUUCCAAAGACUGCGAAGGCCAGACUCUCGGAUCUAGUAACGCAGUUCCUAUGCGUUACGGCGGCAACAUCUGGGCUGGCUGGAACGAGACUUGUAUCAAAGACCCCAAGACCAAGAAAUAUUGUAAUGAUAUCAUUGAUGAGUUCUCUGAGCCAGAAGAUGGUGAGGAUAUGCCCCGUGAGGAGUUAUGUCACAUCUGCUAUCAGAGACGCCUUGCCAUCAUGCAAUCCUCUCAGUACUCUAUCUAUAAUGAGUACUACAAGGAAGAACUCGAGCGUGUCUACAAGACAUGCGGUGGUUCGGGACCUACUGAGAUUCUACCUCCUGUGAAGCCAAAAGAGAAAAAGCCAGAAUUCUGCCUGACUGGUGAAUACUACACGACCAAGGGGGGCGACACCUGUGACUCUAUCUCUAAAGCCGCAGGUGUAUCUGGCGCUCUUCUCUACAUGGGUAACCAGGAUGCAAUCCGUAAUUGUCUCGAGGUUCCUGCGGAUUUGAAGCUUUGUCUUCCAACGGCUUGCGAGACUUAUUACGUGAAGCCUCAAGAUACGUGCUUCAGUAUCGAAAGAGCACUGGGAAUCCGCAUGGACAGCAUCUACAAGUACAACUCAUGGGUUGACCGCGAUUGCACCAACCUUCAGGUUGGCACUGAGUUCUACGGCAGGUCCGUCUGUAUUUCUCCUCAGGGCUCCAAAGACACCAUUGAAGCAAUCUCGGAGGGAUCUACGAUCAAGCACAAGUUCAGCAGUGGAAACGGACCUGCAGUACUACGUACUGAUCCACCGAAAGACGCCAAAGUGGCUGAAGGCACGACUCUGAUGUGUGGUGAAUGGCACGUUGUUGGAAAGUCGGAUACUUGCAAUGGUAUCUGCAAGGACUACGGAAUCUGUGAAGACAAACUGAUGUAUACCAUUAAUCCCUCAUUGAAUGAGAAGGACUGCGAUAAGAGUUUGGUAAUUGGUACGGCUUUGUGCGUGGCACCUGUUUCUGGUUGGGAUGCUUCUAAGUAAUUAGCACGAUAUUCUUGGACUCUUCACUUAACUAUAUGACAAGCGAUGUAAAUUGUCGAUAUGCUUCUCUACAGCAAUUGCAAACUCCUGUUGUCUCUUCACAUGGUUCUGACAUAGCCGUAAGCCUGGAUAGAGUGGCGGAUGAGGACAAUGAUCUUACCUGAUAUGACUGCGAACACAAUAAGGAUCGAAAUUUAGGUACCGAUCCCCAGCGUGUCGGCU